AUGGCAUGUGUCAAUGUACCAGGCCAGGCAUUGGCCCCAAUCUCUCGGUUGAUGGCCCGAGUUUGGGGCAAUGGAGACAACGCCAAUGCCUAUAAGGACGCCAAGGUGGCCUUCACCAAGCCCAAAUCCUCAUGCGCAGUUGAGGUGACGGACACCAAGAACGAGAAGCAUGACGCCUCGGCGGAGGCCUCCGCUCCCAAAGCCCGUCGGAACAAGGAGGUGCAAAUUGACGCGACCACUAUGGUGCCAUCAGAUCUUUAUUGGACCAUGUUGAGGGCGGGGGAGAAAGCCAAGAACGGAGGACAGCAUCGCCUGAAGACGAGCCAUCGUGGCGUCGAGUCUCAUCAUUUGGUGCGGAGCAGCUAA